AUGUCUACCUUUAAUGGCCUUGUGGCCGAGUUUCCCGAUAUCAGAGGGGUUAACUCUUCAACAGUUGACUUUUUCCGUUCUCAUCCUGAUCUCCGUCCCCCUUUGGCAUGUUUCCUGAGCCACAUUCAUAGCGAUCAUCUUGCCGGGCUAGAGAGCUUGCGAUCCCCAUUUGUUUAUUGCUCUGCUGCUACGAAGCAAAUGCUCCUGCGGCUUGAGAGAUAUCCAUGUCGGAUCAACUAUGCUACCGGUAUCUUAGAGGCUCGGGUUCAAAGAUAUCGGCAUCUUCGCAAUCUCCUGAAAUCCAUACCCCUAGCUACCCCCACCGUUCUCGAACUUGAACCUGGGAACCAUCUCCAGGUCACGCUCUUUGACGCCAACCAUUGCCCAGGCGCCGUCAUGUUCUUAUUCGAGGGUCGGGGGAAAGCCGUCCUGUAUACAGGGGACAUGAGAAGUGAGCCGUGGUUCGUCAAUGCCAUCGCGAGAUCGCCGCAUCUCAUCGAGUAUUCGUCUGGCCUGAAGACACUGGACACGAUCUACCUUGAUACAUCGUUCACUGAGAAUGUCGCCUUUCCGACUAAGGCGGAGGGUAUCAGCGAGUUGCUUCGGAAAGUGUCUAGGUAUCCCGACGACACGGUGUUUCAUUUCCAGGCUUGGACAUAUGGGUACGAAGACGUUUUGUUGGCACUCACUAGGUUUCUGAAAUCCAAGAUCCACGUCGACGAAUACAAAAUGUCGAUAUUUCGGUCCCUUGUAACUACCCAUUUUGACGACAAGUCCGCACCCCUUAACCACCUCGCCCCUGAAGCGCCCGGCUUGGUGGGAUUUAUGUGUGGCAACGCUCACCACUCCGGUUGCCUCACCCGGGACGAAUCCGUCCGGCUCCACAGCUGCGAGAAGGGGGCUUACUGCACUACCAUAAAGAACUCCCCAGUUGUAUGGAUCCGCCCCAUUAUCACCCAUCUUCCAGACGGCCAUGAUGUCGCUGAGGUGGGGGUAGGGGGAGGGGCAGAUGAUUUAGAGAGGGAAGCGGAACUGGACCAUCUUUCCCCGGACGAUGUUACGUCGAUUAUGAAUGCGCUUGGUAAUAUUGAUGGGAUAUCUGACGACAUGAGGGAGUCACUGGGCCAGUUCCUCCACAGUGUCAUUGCGAAUGGCCGAAACAUUCCGCUUGACAUGGAGAGAAAUGCAUUUGGAGAGAACAACAAAGCGGACCUGGCGAGCGGCCUUCGGUCCAUUGUCGAGAAGCUCCGUACGCGUGGUCAAGGAGCACCGACGGAAAGCCUGAGAGAGGAUCUCCCCAGCGUUGUCACAUUCCCGUAUUCUCGCCACUCGUCGUACCCUGAGCUCCGCCACUUUGCCGAGACUUUUAAGCCGAGGGAUGUUUGGCCGUGUACCGUUGACGAGCCUCGGUGGAUACGAGAAGGUGUGUCUAUCUCUAGCUCUAAGGAGGGAAUCACAAUCGAGAGUCUUUUCUCCGAGUGUUGUUCAGGCGAUACAUUCCGGCAUGAUGAGUACAUGAAAGAGCGGUACAGACACUCCGCCGACGUUAUCCUUCUAAAUGCCGAAAGCCAAAUCACAAUUUCGUCCGCUACGGCCUCUCAGCUUUCCUCUAUCGUCGAGUACAGACCAAAAGUGUACGAGGUGCCGCUCUCUGUUCUGGACUCUAACAUUCCGCCUCAAGCAGCUGGUAGUCCCGGACUUGACUCCCAGGUUGCUAGAGCCGAAGAGGGACUGUCGCAAAACGCUGCAGGCAAUGGAGAAUCGAGCUGCGCUGUGCUUGGUGACUCGCAAAUGUCUGGAGUAUCGGAUUGGGCGUUUGAGACCCGUUUACAGGCCUUCCAGGCGGCGCUCAGUAAUGCUCGAGGGCAUGGUGGUGGUGAGAUUAGACUGAUGUCCACGACGGACAACCAUUCGACUCUGGAUGUUGAAUUGGGGGGUGACUGA